AAACCCUCUUAUAUACUCCCACCCUUUCUUCCUCUGCCGUAUCUAAAGCCCCUUCCGUUAUUCCGCCUGUUUACUGUAUCCUCUGUAAAUUCUCAACUAUGGAUUCCUCAGAUUCUCUCAAAUCAACCCCUUUGAAAUCCAAAGCUUCUCGGAGCCUGACCUUGAAAUCGCCCGUUUCCAAAACCCCAGAAAAGCACUCCUCCCAUCUCCCCAACCGUGCUCGGAACCGUGGUGUCGCCCUCUCUAUCAAGGAGAUCCGGCAAGUGGCUCAGACCCGAUCCAAUGCUCCGACCGACCAGAUCAAGUCGGCCCGAAAACAGAUCUUGUCCUGUCCCGCCGAAUCUCCUCCACCCAAAGCCUCCAGUGGCCGUCCCGAUAAACUCCCUGAAAAGUACGAGAUAUUGUGCGAGUUUUACAAUAGCUUAGAUUCUGCAAUCCGGCUUCUAAGAUCGAAGGGGCCAAUGCCGACUAUUACUAAUAUCAGCCCCAAAAUAGAGUGUUUAACUGAUAGGAGGUUUUCAUACGGUCACUUGGCCCAAUUGAAGCAUAUUUUACCGGAGGCGAUUGAGAUAAAAAGAGUGCUUGUGUUUGAUGAGAUGACUAGUUGCAUGAAACCUGAUCUCCACGUUAGCAUCAUUCUGGAUGCGAUUGACUUUGGAGACAACUCAAAAUCUGAGACUAAGAAUCAGAAGUUAAGGAAGGUUUUUCGAGCUCGGCUUGUGGACUAUAGCAAGGCGCACCCUGAGUGUGAUGAAAUUCCAGAAGAAGAUCUACCAGAGCCAUUCAAUCGGUCAAAGCAGAAUUUGCAACUGAAAAUGAUCAAAGGACCUUUGUCAUCUGAUGCGUCAGCAGUUCAAGGUGAAGUUUUUCAAGAGGAAGUAAAACCACAGCCGCCAUCCAAUGGGAAAAAAUCCAAUUCGAAGCUAGCUCUCCAGACUUCACCUGGUGAAGUUAAUGACCAGCUACCUGUGGUAGCAUCACAUGUAUCUAGAUCGUUUAGAAAGUGCUUUUCCCUGAAAAACUCAAGCAAGGCUCAGGAAACUGUGCAAAAAUGUUCAAAUUUUCACGUUCCAGAGAUGCAUGCUGACAGAGUUGCCUCCAGUGGUGACACUGCCUUUGUUCCAACACCAUCCCCAACUAAGUUUUUAUCUAAACCAACUACCAGUGAAACACAUCCCAAAAAUUGCCUCCCUGCAACUCCAGUCAAAGAGUUAAAUCCGUUGAAAACUGCAGAUGAGUCCCCCAUGAAAACUGGCAGUAUUCAGUCUACUCCUGUGAAAUUCGCUUCAACUCCUGCGAGGCUAAUGACUGCCACACCUACUCUACAACCACAGAAGAGAUGUUACAUGAGCCCAGAUGAGGUUUCUGCUACUUCAUCAAACAAGUUGGUACGCAGACCACCACGAACUAGGUCCUUGAAAUUUGACGCCCCUAUGAAGGAAGAGAAGAUUGUUGAUGAAGUGCAUGAGAUGGCAGGCAAACCAGUUGAUAAUGAUGAAGAUGAUGUUCUUUCUAUUUUGCCUGAAAGCCUUCGGAAUUCAAUAAAGGAGAAAGAGAGGAAAGCAAUGGAAGAGCGAGAUCCAGCAAUCUCACAAGCAAAGAGACGACAACGAAUGAUUGCCUGCCUGCCUAAGCUCUUCAACAUGGUCCAUUAUCUAUUCCAGUCCAUAAAGCGCUCGGUUAUUACCAAAGAGGAGCUAAUGCACAAACUAAUUGCUGGCCAUUGUGAUAUUGCUGAUAGAGGAGAAGUUGAAGAACAGUUAAAACUGUUGCAAGAGCUGGCUCCAGAAUGGAUAUAUGAAAAGAUGGCCUCUGCUGGGGAUUUACUUGUUUGCAUCAAUAAAGUGUCAAGCGCAGAGUCAAUUCGAAAACGUCUCCAAGAGGCAAAAUAGGUUGAAAAUGAGUAAUAAUCAGCGCCCUGUUUCAUUAAAUUAUUCAUAGCGACACCUGGAGUUUGAACUUUGAAGUUUAUGUCAAGGUUCAGUUUUUGUAAACAAAAUAGAUGCAUGUAUAACCAUAUUUAUGUAUUUAAAUGGUAUGUGAUGCUAAGAUGAAAGCUACUAUUGACUCUGAUCCGCCAUGUUAAUAUAAGCGCUUCCCUUGACUCCUUUUGAACUGUGUUGCAAU